GCGCGCAGUAACUCCACUCCCACAGCCUUGCCACGCUGGACUCAAAUCAGCUCAUUAGCGUGCGGCGCGUGGCUUCUUUACGUGUCUUUUAUGAGGCUAUCCGGUUGUCACACCACGAGGUGAAUAAAUCGAAGGCUACGUCACCUGAUUGGAUCCAUCCGGCAAUGUCGCCACCAUGGUGUCCGCCUACAGUGCUCAGUCAUUCUGGCAGAAUGUGAGUACUCUCAUCAGACUGAGCAGCUGCUUUCCAUGUUAUGGACGCUCGACAUCAUCACGGCUGCUUACAGGGACCCCUCUACCUCCUUCAACAUCCGUGUGUAAAACUCCCAUGUCCAUCUGCUAUGACAUACAUCCGUGCUGACGAAACGCUUGAACAUUCUAGAGUCAUUCCAAGUCCCCAGAAUCUGCUGUGCACGAACCAUGGCUUACAGGAGCCCUCACUGAGCAGCAUGCAUCCAUUAAAGAAUGUGGUUUGCCAUCUUGCAGGCGGGCACUUUAACCCUCUGCAGGCAUGUCAUGCAGGUAGUGCACCAGCGGGCACGACUGUUGAGCCCAGGCUGUAUCGAAGCUUGGAGAACCUACACUGGGCAGAAUCAAGUGUGUUUGCACAUUAUAGGAGCACGGAUAGUGAAUUCAUUCUGCACUGUAGAAGCACCAGGCACUUAUCAGAUGGAUCUGCAGGAAAUAUGCCCUUUGAAGGCCUGUCAGAGAGGGUGGCAGCCCACCGGGACCUUCCCAUCCCUCCUUUUGCCAAGGUUCCUCAGUGGCUUUUUCUUACAGCGGAUGACAAGGUCUCCUAUGGUGAUGCCAAACGGGAACUGAAAGAGAAGCUGAGAACUCACAGUUCCAAAAUCGUAGAACCCAACAGGCCCAUCCGCCCCCAGGCUGGUUUGCUUAACUGCAUGGCCAGGGAAGCCGCGGACAGAUUAUGCCAGCCCUGCAAACACAAGGUACCAUGUAAUGCACUUCCAGGCAGCACAAUGCCAGCGAGCAGGCGAUGCACAAGUGUUCUCCAUCACAGAACCAGCCCAGAGCACAUUAAGCAGGAGGCCAGGAGAAGGCUACAGCUCCGAAGGCAAAAUAGUUCCCCAAACCUAACAUUAUACCAAGAAGAGAAUGAAAACAGGAGUCUAGUGAAGUCAAAGACUGCAGAAUCCUUCAAGGAGCAGAGGCCAUGCCCAGGCAGAGUGCAAGAUGGCGAUACCACCAGAAGGCCCAGCAGCUCUCCGGCCCGGUUCUACAUCCCAACAUUUGAAGAAUUCAAGAGGAUGCGUGGCAAGGAACAGAACUGCUUGUCCAAAAGUGCAGAAUCCUUCACCAGUGCAACCGGGUCUCCAAGCAUGGACCAUGUGCAAGACUGCACUCCUAAUGUGCAUGAUGGCAGGGCUUUGCUGCACCAGCCCCUGCCUGACGCUGCAGAUCCGUCCACCGUGCGGGACAGUUCAUUAGACCGCAGAGCUCACCCUUCAUGCCGGCCUGCAUUCACAGCUCCCAUUUGUUCCAGUCCCGUUUCAAGGUUUCCAUUACAGACGUUAAACAUGCAUAGCACGAACGAGGAGCUUGUGGUGUGUGAGCCCCAUGUGUCUGACCCCAGUAGCUCUAGUGGACUCCCCGGCAUGGCUGAGCAGGGUCUCCCUUCUGAAGCCCAUUCUUCUUGCUGUCCAUCUUUGCUUUUAGAAGCAACUGACCUAUCCGGUUAUGGCGCCAAGCUGCAGAAAAUGAAGGACGGCCUCCUAGGAUCGGCUCUGGAUCUGAUCAAGAAAAGUUGCAGCUCAGAAAAUGCUGAGACACCAACCAGUGCACCAUGUGACACCCUAAAAUCCGAUACCGUACCAGAGCCACCGAGCUGUCAAUCACCUACUGUAGCCAUGGCAACAAAAAGUUGUGACAGCACGUCAAGCCAUGAGUUGCCCUCUGGCCCCAAGCCUAAUAUCUGCAGCCCUGGGUGUCGGAGGUCCAGCUCAGACAUGACUCAUGAAGCCGGAGAGUCUGGAAAGGCCCAACGCGGGUGUCGCCUGCGCCCACACUUCAGUGACCCCAUGCCCACUGACGCCGUGAAGAGGAAACAGUUAGAGCUGAAAAUCGCAGCAGCUGCUCGUCACCAUGCUCAGAAAAGGAGGCAGGACAGAGAGCACGGAGCGGUUCUGAUGAAGGCCAACACCACAACAUCCUGCAGCUCCAACAAAGAAAGCACUUACGCCCCAGGUCGCUCCUACCGAUCGCGGCAUCGCUGGAGUAAUAUCAGCAGCCUGAGCACUGACAGUGGGAUUGUUGGGGUCAACGAUGAGAGGGAUGAAUGUGAAGGAAACACAAGACCCGUAAAGCCAGGAGAAGUGGAGAGGGUGGACAGUGGAAUUGGAGAUGCACUUUCCAGAAAGUGGAGAGCUCGAGUAGCAGAAGCUUCUCUAGAGGCAUGGGAGGCGCACCGGCCAUGCAUAGACUGUGGGGAGAGCAAUUUAUCUAUGGACUCAGAGAGCAGAGGCAAGAGGAGAGAGACACUGUGCAUGAAGUGCGUCACCCGUAGGAUGGAACGUAAAGAGGCUGUUUUGGAAUUUGUCAACACGGAAUCGAGCUACGGUGAGGAUCUGCGUAUAAUAAAAGAGGAAUUCUAUGUCCCUAUGCAGACGGCAGGACUGCUGACACGGGAACAGCUGGCUGUUGUGUUCAGCAACAUUCAGGAGCUCAUCGACCUCAACGAGAAGUUCCUGGAGGUUCUACAAGAGGAAAUUGACCAAGCCUUUGACCAGGGGGACGAUGACCUGAUGACCAUCUGCAUUGGGGAGAUCUUCCUGGAGUUUGUGAACAUGCUUCCCUCAUUCCAGACGUACUGUCUCCAACAACCAACCUCCAUGGCGACACUGAACACUCUAGAGAAAGAGAAGGAGCUUCUCAGAAUCUUCCUGAAUGUCUCUCAGAAUGAUAAUACUGCCCUGCGACGUAUGAACCUACGAUCCUUCCUCAUGGCUCCCUUACAAAGGGCCACCAAGUACCCACUUCUGCUGAGCCGGAUCCUCAAGAGCACAACCGAAUUUCAUCCCGAUCACAGCAGCUUGUGGGAAGCCAAGAGCAGAAUCGAAUCACACUUAGAGCACAUAAACAUGAAGACCAGGCAAGAGGGGAAUCCAUGGACAUUACGCUCCUUCCGCCGGGAUAGCAGGAAGAACCGGGAAGUGACCAACAUUGAGAUGAGAGAGAUGGCCAUCAAGCAGGUGGGCUGGCCGAGAGAGGAGACGCGCUUUAUUAAAGAGGGUCUUCUGCAGAUGGCACAGCCUACAGACGGACAAUGGGUAAAGAAAGGGUGCAAGGCUCUGAAGUUCCACCAGGUGCAUGCACUACUGAUGGUGAACGUGAAGAGAACAUCCGAUUCUGGCCUGGAUGGCGGCUCUUCUGACAGAACAGUGAAAGAUGCGGUUUUAGUGCUUAUAAAAGACAAAAGCAAUGGAAAAUUUGUAUUGCUCAGGGACCCCCUGAGACUGGCCCACUGUGUGGUGUCUACUGAUCCGGACUGUGAAGAUACCUUUGAGCUCCUGGAGGUCAGGAGGGAAGGGUUUGUUUUUCGGGACAGUGACAAUUCCCGAACUCAGCACUGGUUCCAGCAGAUGAAGAUCUAUUCCAGCGAGCUAGGAUCCUGGAAGAAACGUCGUAAUGCUCUCCCUAAUAUAAUGAUAAGCACAGCACAAAGCAGAUCCUGAACCCAGAACCUAUGGGGGACCAGAAACCAGAACCUAUGGGGAGCUUGGUGCAGAAACUAGAACCUAUGGGAAGCCCAGAAACAGGAACCUAUGUGGAGGGGAGACCUAGAAACCAGAACCUGUGGGAGGGGGGACCAAGAAACUAGAAUCUAAAGGGAUGGUGUGUCCAUAAACCAGAACCUAUAGGGGGCCCAGAAACUACAACCUACGGGAGGGGAGACCCAGCAACCAGAACCUAUAGGGAGGGGGAGUCCAGAAACCAGAACCUAUGGGGGCCCAGAAACUGGGAUCUAUGGGGAAGAGGGCCAGAAACCAGAACCUAUAGGGAGCCCAAAAAACAGAACCUAUGGGAGGGAAGACUGAAACCAUAACCUAUGGGGAGCCCAGAAACCAGAACUCUUUGGAGGAAGGGUCCAGAAAUCAGAUACUAUGGCCAGCCCAGAAAUCAGAACCUUUGGGAGGGAAGACCCAGAAAUCAGAACCUAUAGGGAGAGGGAAUGCAGAAACCAGAACCGAUAGGGACCCCAGAAACCAGAACUUAUAGGGGGCCCAGUAACAGGAACCUCUGGAGAUUGGACUAGAAAGUGGAAACUAUGGAGAGGGGGACCCAGAAACCAGAACCUAUGGAAAAGAGAAGGCCCUGAAACCAGAACCUAAGAGAGGGGCCCAGAAACAGUAAUCUUUGGAGAGGGGGGUGAAGAAACCAGAACCUAUAAGGAAAUGGGAGAACAGAAAUCAGAACCUAUGGGGGCAUAGUAACCAGGACUUAUGGGAAAGGGGGGCACAGAUAUCUGCACAAAUGCAGCUGAUCAUCCUAGCACAGGUCCUGCACAUAUGGAGCUCAGCUGAAUGUUCUAUAUGCGUCCCUCAUCCUAGGCUCUAGCUGCAGCUGGCAGGUUGUGGUCAUCCAGCUGUGGUCAGCAGGUCGUGGACAUCUGGCUACGGUUGGCAGGUUGAGGCCAUCCAGCUGUGGCUUCUGAUGCAGAAGCACAAUAUAAAAAAAUCCUUAGACCUCACAAGGUUCAGGAGAAAUGUUUACUCAUAUUCUGGGUAUUUGUGACGUAGUUCGCAUGAACUUUGCAUAUUAUUAAUCAGGGGACUUUAGGAUAUGGCCUCCUCCAUCUGUGAUGUCUGUUUCAUGGUGUUACAUUCUACGCAAUGUCAUCUGUCAGUGGGCACAAAGAGAGAUGUGGGGUAGGGGUGGGGGACCAUGUGACAUCAUCAUAGGUAUCUAACCUCAUUUCUUUAUUUUACACUUAUAGCGCUGGCAUAUUCUGCAGGGCUUUACAGACAUUAUCAUCAUCAUGCUGUCCCCAGGAGCUCACAAUCUAAUUUACCGCUCAGUAUGUCCUUGGAUCACCAAUUUCUGGAAACAGAAACACUUCGCCACUAUGUGUUUCGGUGUCAGUCCACCACCUUCAUCAGGCUUAUGGCGGACCCCCACUGAAAUGCGUAGUUGUUUUUAUGUUUUUUAAUCAAUCCUACCUACCUGAAGUCCUCCGGUGCAGUGCACUGUUUUUUCUGCCGCUGGUGAAGUGUUCCUGUUUCCAGUCUUCUCGGGCUUCCUGCUGUGUCCGGUACCAGCGUAGCAGCCUGGUCCCCUGCCCCGUGGUAGGGCUCUACACUAGUGUUGUGCCUAGCCCUACACAACACCAGCGGGUAAGGUACCUCCCUCGGUGGCUUUAUCCUUAUCCCCUGAGGAUAAUACACAGGGAGCGCCCCCUCCUCUUUUUGUUAUCACCAACAUCUGACAUCAUCACUGUCUGACAUCAUCAGCAUCUGACCUAAUCAGUAGAUGACAUCAUCACCGUCUGACCCCAUCAGUAGAUGACAUCAUCACUCUCUGACAUCAUCCAGCUGUAAAUAUUUAUACACUGUCUUUUCCAGUACAUUUCAGUGUUUGUUGGGUUUUCUGCACUUUCCGAGGUCACUUCGGCCUCUGCUGCGAAGGUUUCUGAAGGUGA